AUCAUAAUGGACCUUUUCAACUCUGCUCUUGGCAGAAAUAUUACCUUUACCCGUCCUGCAUAUUUCAUAAUCAGUGGAUUUACUGGCAUUCCUUAUAUGCAGUAUUACUAUGUUUUUCUCUGCUUUGUCUAUAUCGCUUCAGUCUUUGGAAACACACUAGUGAUGGUUCUGAUCUACCUGGAUCAUAACCUCAGAACUCCUAAAUAUGUUGCAGUUUUUAAUCUUGCACUUGUGGAUCUUUUAAGUAGCACUUCUCAGGUGCCGAAGGUGCUCGACAUCUUUUUGUUUAACCACUUUACCAUCCCCUACCUUGACUGCUUGAUGUUCUUUUUUUUCAGCUACUUUUUCCUCUCACUCCAGUCUCUUAACCUGGUUGCUCUCUCCUACGACCGGGUGGUGGCUAUCAUGUAUCCUCUGCAUUAUCAAACAAAGGUUACAAACAGAUUUAUGCUAAGUUUGAUAGCUUGUUUCUGGGUGUUUGUUACAAUUGCCGUUUUGACAGCAGUUGGUCUUCUCACACGACUCUCCUUCUGUAAUUCAGUGGUGAUUAACAGCUAUUUCUGUGAUCAUGGUCAGAUAUACAGGCUAGCGUGCAAUGAUGCUUUUCCGAGUUUUGCCAUCAGCUAUGUGCUUCCAUUUCUUCUUCUUUGGCUUCCAUUUGCAAUCAUCUUGUUUAGUUAUCUUUGUAUUGGCUACUCUUUGGCUAAAGUUGCAUUAAGUCAAGAAAGGAGAAAGGCACUUAAAACUUGCUCAGCUCACAUUUCAUUAGUGAUUAUGUAUUUUAUUCCUAUUUUAAUGACAUUUACUAUUGGUGCACAAGUACAUCCCAAUGCCAGGAUAUUAAAUCUGUCUCUUGCCUCAGUUUUACCUCCCAUGUUAAAUCCAAUUAUUUAUGUUUUACAAACACAAGAAAUCAAAAGCUCAAUGAAGAAAAUAUUUAAAAUAAUAUGGCAUUCUAGAAUCACGGUGAAGUGA